CGGAAGUUCUUCUCUUCGUAAACAGAGUGCUCAAAAAACGCUUUGUCUUCACUCUUCUCUCUUGAGAUAGAGCAGUUCCGAGUGGUUUCAAGCAAUAUGGAGGUAGUUCCAGGUGCGCAGUUGCCGACGAUGGGGCAAUUCUCCAUUGCCACUUGAUCCGGUUCUGAUUUGUGGGUAAUUUAGUAGCCGUGAGCAUCACCCACGCAUGUAUGGUUGACUAAUUUCAGUUUUGUUGCAGGCGAUUGGUGCUGGAAUGGUUCCCGUCUCAAUAUGCUUGGAGAUCAUGCAUAUUCAUUCGCCACUAACCAUCACCCCGUUCCAAUCAUCUAAGGAAGCCGUGGGUAUCCCCCACUCAUGUGGAUCUUGUUCAUGCUCGUUGUUUGUUCAAUUUUUUCAUUCUAUAGGAUUAGCGUUUCCUUCUUGUGUUCAACAGUGUUCAUUCUCACUUUUCUUUCAUGGACUUGUUGGGCUUUGGUUCGGCUCUGCCAUUCCAAUAUUUUCAAAGGUCUAGGUUAUCGACUUAAUCAUUCUUUUUUCUCGUUUGUGGGUCUCUAUAUUGUAGUAGUUUUUGUGGCUAUUGUUUGUUCAUUUCGUGUUGUGUUCUUCUUUCACUGCUUGGCAGUGGUUGAUGUCUCUGUGUUCAAUAUGUUGUGUUGGAGAUUGUUUAGUUCUUUUGUUUAUGCUUCAGAAUCGUACGUGGUUUUUACCCCUAUGCUGUCAUGUGUUAUGGUGAGUUUGUCUAGUUUUCAGAUAUACCCCUCUCGAAUUAUCAAUCAAGAGGCUUUGUAGAAUGGACGAGAAGGAAGAGUUGGUUGCAGGGUUUCAGCUUGAGGGGGAUGCAACGUCUUCCACUCCUAUGCAGGGUUUCUUUGAUGUGGCUACGUCCAUGGAGGACGAGAUGGUGGUUUUAUUUGUUUUGGACAUAGACGGCGGCAAUUGUUUAGCGUCUUGGCUUGGUGAUAGGGAAGGAGUCCUUUUGGUUUCGUUGGGUGUAAUGGUUUUAGAGUGGCUCAUUUGGUGGUCGUUUUGGCUAUGAACUUGUCACUCUGAAUUCUUUUGGGGUUUGACUUUGUUUUUUGUUUGCAUUGUUGACAAAUUUCAUUGUUCACUAUAGAUCUUUGUUCCUCUUUUUCAGAGAAGAUCUAAUGGCAAAAAAAAGUCUAUACGCGUGGUACAUGAUAAAUACCUCGCUCUUGCAGAUCAUUCCAAACCUCAGUCACUGUGUUUAGCCAAAGCACACUCCAAGCACACUCCAAGAGAAAUCAAACAAAAGAUCUAGCCAAGGAGCAUCACGUUGCACUGCUCCCAUGCGGCGAAGAGAUCACCAUCGUCAUCAGGCGAAAGGCAUCGCGACAGUAGAGUCGAUGAAGAACAAUUUGUUCUUUGAAAAUACCCUUGAAUCGCAUCAAGUAGGAUCCGGAAUGACAACUUGAUCCCGUCGAGACGAUGAGCACUAACUAAUUUGUUGUCGAGUCGUUCUCGUCAAAUUAGUAUGGAGUGAUUGACAGCAAAAAUGGAAGUAGCGUGAUUGGAAAGUUGGAAAGGAAUCAUCGUCAUGUCUCGAUUGAGAGAAGGGAGAAGAAAAACUACAAAAGAAACUUACGGGAAGAAUACGAAAAGGAGAAAAAUAUUUUCUGAUACAAUGUUUGAAGAUAAAUUUACACUUUUUUUAGUUAUUGCGAUUAUUAUACUAAUCACACAAGUCCAAACUACUAAACAAACUAAUAAUUAUAUUUAAGUUCCUAAACUAGUCAUAGUUUGCAACUCUUGUCCAACAACUUGAGCACAAUAUUAUUGAAGUAACUUCGGCAAAGAAGAAAGAAACAAACGUCCAUGUCCCGUCACCUACUCUCUAGGUAAGUGUGACAACGCACUCUCAGAUCCCCAGCAGAUGAGCCAAUUGGCCACCAUGAAAAUGACACAUUAACUUCCAAAAAACAACCAUUUCUUUCUGACUCUCAGAAGUUGGGUCCAAAUCAAGUCCCUUAGGAGUUAGGGGGGGGGGGGGGGAUAAUUUGUCCAAAUCAGUGUGCAUUAACCUCUCUUUUAUAAAAAUCCUUUAAUCAUUAACAAAAAAAUGUCUCUAUCGUUUUAAUUAGGAAGUUAUAUUUUUCAUAGAUAAAUCAUAUUAGUUGUGCUCUUCAAAAUAAUAUCAACUUUGACAUAUUUUUAGAACAAAAAAAAUUGAGAUAUUUUUUACGAGUCUAUACCAUAUGAGAUUGACUGGUAUUAAAUAGAACAUACAAUAUGAUAUGAAAACGUAACAUAGUGGUAUUAACAUACCAAGAUUGUAAGAUGGUUGGAUACAUGAUAGUUGGAGUAUACUAAUUGUCGUUUACGACUUCAUCAUUGUAUAUCACAAGUUACCACCCCCUACUAGGGUGGUAUAGUAUGAUAUUUUUUUGACCUGUAUUUUUUUCACCCAUAAAUUUGUAGAUCCAAUAGAUUAUGAUAAACUCGUUCCUUCUGUGCAAAUAUUUUCAAAAACGACUUAAAAACGACCGAGAUACCAUUUGGUAUGGAGUUGGUAAUGAGUGGCAGGGGAAAAAAUUCCUAACAAUAUUGAAAAUUGAUAUCUUUGUAGGGCACAACGAACUCGUUCAUCUGUGCAAAAUAAAAAAAAUUUGAAAUCCGAGUUGGAACGAAAAAAAUAAGAUCCGAUUAAGAAAAUUAGUGAAAAGAAAAUGUCUUUAACUCACCACCCCAUAGAUAUGAAUUUUUUGAACCCACUUAAAUCCAAAAAGCUAAGAACCGAUUAAGAAAAUUAGUAAAACUAAAAUAUUUUUAAUUCACAACCCAUAGACAUAAAUUACGAAUACCGGG